AUGCUGAAGGAGAUCCAUAUGUACCUGUGUAUCUUCUUUUUGUUUGCAUUUGGAAUAUUUUAUGAGCUGUCUCAAGAAACCAGUUGCUUCUUUUCCUGCAAACCUGUUUUGAAACAGUUCCUGAUGCCCAAAGAUGUCCUGACCCAGGGCAGAAGCAUCUUCUUUCUGGAGACAACUGACCGUCUACAGCCUCCUCCACUGGUUUUAUGUUCUGUGGAAUCUGCUGCCAGAAUCUAUUCAGACAGGUCCAUCAUUUUCUUUAUGAAAGGGCUGGACAAUAACACAAUGGCAUCUUUCAAGUCAUCUUCCCCAUCACUCUAUUUCUUAUCUGCUAUGAAAAACAUUUUCCUUUUCCCCUUGCAGAUGGACAUUUUGUUCCAAGACACACCUCUAUUAUCGUGGUACCUUCAGGUCAAUGCCACACAGGAGAAGUACUGGGUCUAUAUUAUCUCUGAUGCAAUCAGGCUUGCAAUGGUGUGGAAAUACGGUGGGAUUUAUAUGGACACAGAUGUCAUUUCCAUCAGACCCAUCCCAGUGGCCAACUUCUUGGCAGCCCAGUCUUCCCAGUUCUCUAGCAAUGGGAUCCUUGGUUUUCAUCAUCAUCAUUGGUUCCUCUGGGACUGCAUGAACGAUUUUGUUCGGAACUACCAUGGAGACAUCUGGGGAAAUCAGGGGCCUUACUUAGUCACAAGGAUGCUACAGAGACUGUGCAAUCUCACCAAUUUUCAGAAAGGGGAGGAUCAGAGAUGUCACAACAUUUCCUUCUUGCACCCCCAGCGCUUCUAUCCCAUCCCCUAUAAUCAGUGGCAUAAGUACUAUGAAGUGUGGGAUUCAAGGCCAGACUUCAAUGUCUCCUAUGCUUUGCAUCUGUGGAAUUUCAUGAACCACGAAGAGAAGAGGAAUGUGACCAUUGGAAGUAAUACUCUAGUGGAAAACCUUUUCAAAGCACAUUGCCCUAUUACUUACCAGAGCCUUGUUUAA